AUGCGCACCUCCAGGCCCAACCACCGCAACGAACGCUGGGAGCCGUUGCGGGACGUUGGCAGACGCUUGCCGCGUGCCCCAGUGCGCGUGCGCUUCCUGUACUGGAAUUUUCUCAUUGCGGAGGCUACUCGGCAGCAGUGGUCAGUGUCUCAGCCUGUGAGGAUGACUUCAGAAGGAGCACCUGCAGUGCUGGGAGCAGAUGCAAGCAUGAACCCUGGUGCCUCCAUGACUCCUUUCACCACAUUGCCCUUUCCCCAGCUGACUAUUGGCCCUGAACAGCGGCCUCCUGGAGAGCAGCUCCCACUGCCCCUGACGACCCCAUCAUUCCCUCCUGGCUUCCCCUCGGCGCUGCCGGGUGUGCCCAGUGCAUCUCUGGCAGCCAGAGAUGCUGGUCGUGGCCUCAUUGGGACUGGGGCUUGCAACAUCGUGGACCGGGUCAGGUCAGAAGUGGGGCAACCACAGCCACCCCAUCGUCCUGAGACCAUCGUCCUGACGCAGGCACCCCUCAACGAGAGUGCUCCAGGGGCCCUCUGUGGCGGUGCUGUGUGUCCUGCACCUCCAUUCUUGGAAGCCUCGGCAGUGGAGACGAUUUUGUCUACCUUGGCUUUGGGGAGUGCCCUGGCCGGCAAAGGAGGCUGGUGUCCCAGCCUUCCUCCUCAAGUUCCACCAACAACUGCACAGCUGGCCUCCAUCAUCCCCCCAGUGAACGCUUGGCCUCAGCUACCUGGGGCUUCUGGCAAGGGUGGCCUGACCACCUCCCAGUCCAAGGCCUUGCCAGAUGACUUCGGUAACCCCAAGAGCACGUACGAGGACUUCCAACGUUGGCGUCGCUUCAAGGUGCUGGCCCGUGGGCACCUUCCCCAGAGUCCUGAUGCAGAAGCUCUUUCCUGCUUUCUCAUCCCAGUGCUCCGGUCCCUGUCCCGCCUGAAGCCCACCAUGACAUUGGAGGAGGGAAUAGGGCAGGCCAUGCAGGAGUGGGAUCGCAAAAGCAACUAUGACCGGAUGACCUAUUACGAGAUGGCAGAAAUGUUCAUGGAGCUGGAGGCAGAGGAGGAGAUGCAGAUUCAGAAGUCCCAGUUGAUGAAGGGGGCACAAGGCCUGUGUCCAGCAGUCCCACCGAGACCUGAUCCUCGGGGACCCCCAGCCCUUGUGGUGGGCCCACAGCCAGGUACGGCAGAAUGUUUCCACUGGAGUCUAUGGCCAAUGGCAACAGGGGCCCAGGACAGGCCAGGGUCCCCAUGUGUGUCCUUUCCCUUCGAGGGGACUUUGAUCUUUCAAGUGGAACAGCCACAAGAGCCAGGGCCUCAGCUGCCCUUGGUCACCGUGGGGUCUAGACCUGGUCAACUUUUGCAACCCCUCUCCCACAUCCCUGUAAAAGGACCCAACAUGAAGUCUGCUAAGAUACCGGCUGGAUGA